CCAAGCGUAAAAAUCCCAUUACUAACUGCCUAAUUAUCUAGCUUGAAGAAACUACGAAUAUGAUGUCUGUACCUAAUUGUAAGACUAUUGUUUAACUGCUAAAAAUGUUUGAGAAUGUAUGAGUUAUGUGGUAGUGGGUGCGAAACAGUGUCAAGAGUGAGGGGCGGCGUUGGCCUGCGGCCAUGGGCACGUGGCGUCGUAAGGAAGCCCGAUGCGAUGCGACGUAAACACGCCUAUUCGCACAACUGAUCUUGGCCAGAUCUUGACCCAUUAACACGGGUGCCGAUGUCAGAGCUGUGUCGCUUGGGGUAUUAAUAGCUGGUAAGCGGGAGCGGGGUUGUGUUCAGCGUACGCGCACGCCGCCUACGGGCCAUUCCACGAGAUCUCCGUGCGCCGGGACCAUGAUCGCGGGAAAAUGACAUCUCGAGGCAUAAGACGGAAGAAAUCCUCGCUCUCCGAAGUGAAAGUGGCUGUGAUCGGUGCACCUUCCGUCGGCAAAAGCGCGCUGACCGUGCGGUUUCUUACCAAGCGGUAUAUCGGAGAAUACGAUCAUCAACAAGACAGCAAGUACAAACACGAAGCUCUACUUGAUGGAGAACCAAUAUUAUUUGAGAUAUUGGACACUUGUCCAAAGAGUUUGGAGGAGCUACCUGGCAAUGAAAUAGCGCAAUGGGCUGACGGUCUGUUCCUGGUUUACUCCAUCACAGACCGUGAAUCAUUCAACUACGUGCGUCGAGCUAAACAGAGUCUGCACCCAGAUGUGCCGCUCACACUUGUAGGGAAUAAGGCUGAUAUGGUACAUUUAAGACAGGUGAGUCCGGAGGAAGGUGAAAUAUUAGCGAAAGAUUUUGAAUGCAGCUUUGCAGAAGUGGCGGCAGCAGAACAAGUGAAUCAAGUCGGAGAAGUGUUCCAUGAACUUUGCCGUGAGGUGUUGUCCCUUAGGAAACGGGCGAAGCAUAGUUUGCUCGACAGAAUGCUCGGUUCAAAGAGCGCAUAUCGAGUCUAUUCCAGAGGGAAAAGUGACAGCGCUUUGCCCAAAGACUAAUUAGACGUUUUAUGUGCAUUUAGCCACUUAAAGUUUGAUAAGUUGAUUGGCCAUAUUUUGUGGUCGCUAGAGCAAACGGAUUCAUUUCAUAGUAACUGUAUGUGAGGUGCUCUGUGUAUGAGAUUAGAAAAUAAAUAACUACUGUCGAGUCAAAUGUGUAGAUAAUUUAAUAAACAGGUUAAGAAUUUUUUAUAAAUACAGUAUUAUAAUUUAUCCCUCAGUUUACAAAUCUACAUAAACGUAUAUUGUUGUCAUUCAAAAAGGAGAGGGAUAAAUAUAUGUUUUUGUACAGUCGGGGAAUCUGGUGGUGUACCGACCACAUUCGUUUCAAUGUUCUGUACACAUUGACACGACAACGCGGAACAUUAAGCAAAAGGAAAACUUUUAAAUCAGUCUGUAUGAAAAUUUCAGCAUCUUAGUGCUAAUUGUUUGUAUUUAUAAAAGAGGCGGAGUUUGUCUCGUUUCAAGAUAAGGCAAUUUUCUACAGGUGGAACACCGCUGAUAUCCGCGAUUGUGCAUGUGUUUCGGCAUUGGAAACGUUGUAAUAUUUCGUUCAACAAAUGUUUUAGUUUUUUUUUUAUAUACUGUUUCUCAAAAUAUCGAAUCUUAUACAACAAUAAAUUGUCAUAAAUUUAAUUAUAUUUCCUUUAGCUCGUUAAUUUGCUUUGACUACUGUAAUUUUAUUACAUUUUCCACAUUGUAGAAGUAGAAUAGAGUACCUAAUAGACUAUCAAUUCUUUUGUAACUAUGAAAAAUGAUCACUUAAAUGUUAUUUAUUAAGUUUGUAUCAUAAAAGUAGGAUAACUUAAUAAAAAGUGCUGAACUUUUAUAUGUUUAGAGCGCACACGCCUUUGACUAAACUAUUGCAAAACUGUUUAGUUGCGCUUUGAUUACUAUGAGCUUAUAAAGACGUGUGCACUCUACUCCAUUUUUAGUUGUGCAACUAAACAGUUAAAUGGCCUGAGAAACAAUUGACAAUCGACA